UGGACGGAGACACGGUCCUCACACUCAGGGACACGCCCGACGUGUUUCCGAGCAGAAGAGCAGAGACCACUGGACCAGGAGCGGUGGCAGCGUGUCCCUACGAUUCCACAGCAACCACUGAGUUAGAGUCAUGUUGUCACGUGUCCAGCAGCAGUAUGAACGUGUCUGACAGCAUCUGAAGUUUUGGUCAACAAUGUUGUCGUGUGAAGAUCUGAUGAGAAGUCUGCAGGAGUGUGUGAUCAGCGGGGAUCGAACUCCCGAACAUGUCCGUCACACACUCAGGCUCCUCACUGACAAACUGUCUCAAUCCUCCAGGAGCAGUGUGAAGAGAUGGAAGGAGCGCUGUUUGGAGGAGGCUGCUCAGCUGCUCCGAGUAUCAGAGGCACAGCUCGGUGGUUUAGAGGAGAGUCACCUCCUGCUCCUGGUCAAACUGCUCCUCUCCAUGCAGCUGCAGACGGCCAACAUCUCCUCAGCCUGUCGUAAAGUGGACCAGAUGCUGCAACAUCUGGCCAAGGUGGACCAUCAACUGGUUUAUAGAGAAACUCGCCACUGUUUGCUCUCCAUGGUCCAAACUGACCAGAUAUUGUCCUUUGAGCAUCUACAAAGAGCCUGCAUGUUCCUGGAGGACAGCAGUGUUGGUCGUGAGGUUUGGAGAGAGUCGUACCUGUCCCUGCUGAACAAAGUGUCCGAGUUGUUUCCUGUUGUAUUGCAGCAAGAGUCCCUGAGAGAUGGGCCGCUGUGUUACACAGCUGUGAAGUUGUGCCUGCAGAUAUUCCAGCUGCUGUCCAGUGAGGUGGCUCCUCUAGUGUGGGAGAAGACGCACAGCAGCUCAGCGGUGCACACGAUCCUGCAGGCUCUCAUGGACAUUAUACUUGGACAGUGCUGUAACAGGGACACUCGUCUUUUGGCUGGAACUGCUGUGGCCAUGCUGAUCAACACAGCACCAGAGAGCAGAGCUGGAGGAGCUGCUGCCUGGAGUCUGCUGCAGGUCUCUGACUCAGAGCCCUGGCUGCUGACUGUUGGUGUUCUCCAGAUACAGUACGUCCUGACAGGAAAGGACGGAGUGGCGAGGCUGGCUGUGAGCAGGGGCCUCCUGACCUGCUGUCGACCUCACAUAUUGCUCAGUUCACAUCUGGAUGACACAGAAAUGUGUUUACUGCUGAAAGGUUUGUUUCCUCUGGUCUACGCUUUGUGUGAGGAGAAGCUGGAGUGUCACCACUUUGCCUUCGAAGUGUUGACACUGUGGCUGAAGAGGGUUAAAGAAUGUCUGGCUGAGAUCUGGAGGAUGACGGGUGUUUGCCUUCUGCCGGACAACGGCAGCUUGCAGCAACAGCUGGUUCACAUCAUCUGGACCAAUGCAGAAAGCCCAGUGGAAGGCGUGCCUGAAUUUGUCCGCGGUGCCUUCUGUCUGCUGCUGGACGUCUACGAGAAGGACUGUGAACACUUCUGUGACACAAAGAAGAUUCUUUAUUUUACUUUACUUCAACGAAUAAUUGAACUGCCUUGGGAAACAAAAGCCAAAUAUCAUCGCCUAUGUGCCCUGCUGCCACAUCUGGGUACUGACAUGGUGCUGGAUCAAUAUGCUGCAGUACCCAAUCAUCUCCUGAAGUGCUUGUCAAUCAAUCACCUCGCACCAUGUGGAUCGGAGCUUUACAAGUGUCUCAUCCAGCAGCAGAGACGGGAGCUAUGUGAUGGCUCUGAAUCACGCUCCGAGCUUUAUCUGGCAGAUCAGUGGGCGAGGCGUUGGCGGCCCAUGCUUCACGAGGCGCUGAUGUCUGAUGUGACUCUUCUACAGAACAACAGCUCAACACACUUGCUCCCCUGCACCUUUCAAGUCUUCCCCUCUGCUGUGGAUCAUCUGCUGGCCUCUCUGGACCCGUUCGCCCCGGGCCACCUCCACGCCUGGGCCUGUGUCAUGAGCUCCUACCGAGCCUCGACUGGAGGUUCUCCCUGGGCUCUGCAGGGCAGCUCAACCCUGGAAACCCUCCGGCUGGCUCUAGGAUCUGCAGACGACAAAGUCCGCCUUGCUGCUCUGAACCUCCUGUGCUGCAGCCCAAAGACCAAAGACACUCCAACCACAGAGGAGAUGUCGCUAAUGAGGAUGUUUAUUCCUCAGAACCUGAACUGCGAGUCUUCGCCCUUUCGCCAGCAUUUUCAGGCUGGAGUCAAGAGGUUUGUGGUUCGAAUCAGAGACGGCUGCUUAGCACGUGUUAAAGGACAAAAGGGCAAGAAGAAAGAAGAUGCGACCCACUGCGAGGAUAUACUGGAGCAGGGGAUAGGGUUUGUGGAAUGGCUGGGUCAACUUCCAUACAGUUAUCUGGCACCAGGACACAGUUAUCAGAGGAAGAAGACUGUGCUGCUGUUGCUGUCUGUUGUGCUGGAAACCUGCACAGACACCUGGAGCCCAGACAAAAAGAAGGGACAACCUCCAGCAAACAUUGGGUCUCUUAUUGAACAUGCCAGACAAAGAGGACGGUGGGAUUUCUUCAGCAGGACGAAACAGCUGGUGCUUCUCAGCUGUUUAGAAGAUUCCACUAAUGAGAUCCGGGAGCUCUCAGCUGGGUUACUGUUGAGAUUUUUCCCGCCCAGUUUUCCAGACGAUAUCGCUACAGUGCUGCKCAUUCGAACCAAACAGCUUCUGUGCUGUCCUCGGGUGCAGGAGGCUCAGAUGGGAGCGCUGACGAUGAAGCUCCUCCUUCUGAAAUCACAGCACCGGCCUGAAGAUGGCAGACUGAACGGGGACUUUAGUGUCAGCAGUGGAAGUGACUCCUCGUCCUCCUGCAUGAUGAGGUUCCUGGUGAAGGAGCUGGAGGAGCACUAUCUGACAGCUAAGGCUGAUAUGAUGCUUGCUGCCAGAACCAAGCCCAUACAUGGUGUUGUUAGUGCCCUACAGAGGUGUUUGGUUGAGGCAGGCAGCAGCGUCUAUGACACUCUUGACCACAGUCUGACCACUGAGGUGCUGGUUCUGCUGGAGAGCAUCUCUCUGCUGCUGCUGGGCGUUCUGUACGGAGACCACGAGGCUUGUGCCACUGAAAACGAUGCCCCACCUUCUUUUUGUGAUAUGGGAAACGCCAUCAACUCACUAAUAGCCCAAACAUCUGGAGGAGGCCAAGUGGAUGGGGAGGAGUGUGUCCUGCUGUCUGAAGAGCACAGCCUCGUUCUCACCUGCUGCUGGGUCUCACUCAAGGAAAUAGGAAUCUUUUUAGGUUCUCUGGUGGAGAAACUUCUCACUGAGAUCAAACCCAGCAGACACCUUCUAGAAAAAGAAGAUCUAAUCAGAGCAUCAAAAGUUUUCAAGAAUAUUCUUCUCAAAUGCCGUCACUGGGGGGCAGUAGAGGGAUGCUGUAUUGGCUUCACUAAGUUCUGUGCCUCUCUGUUGAGCAGCAGUGAUCCAGAGCUCAGAGAUAUUCCAGCCCAUAUGUUGAAACAAGGAUUGCAGGUGGUGCAGUGUCCUCGCUCUACAUCGGUGACUCGGCGGGCUGCAGGGUUGCCUAUGCUCAUCCUGUGUGUUGUAUCUGCAGAGGAGGCCAGUAAAGCAAGGCCACUGUUAGCCCACAGCAUGCAGACCUUACUGGAGACAGCCAAAACACCUGUGCCUGAAAACUGGGACCAAACUCUGGACCUGCCACAGGUGUGUGCUGUUCACACGCUGCAGGCGCUUGUGCGUGGCUCAGGUGUGGGAGUAGCUGUCCUUCAGUUUGCUCCCCCUGUAGCCAUCCUGUCACUCACACUACUAAGCUCUGCAUGCUGGGCCAUGAGAAAUGCUGCCCUGCAACUCUACAGUUCUCUGUGCUCGCGAAUGCUCGGGCAGAGGCCAAGCAGUGAAGACAGCGGCCCCACCCAGCACGGCAUGUCCCCCGCCGCUUUCUUCUUCCACUACCCUGCUCUCCAGCCCUUCCUCCUCGGUGAGCUGAGGGGGGCAGCACAAGACCUGCAGGCUCCGCCCAAUGAAGCCAAGUUGCACCUCCAACCCUCCCUCUAUCCUGUGCUCACGCUGCUAGCUCAACUCCAGCCUGGAGUCCAAGAUUCAACAGAAACUUUGUCAGACUUCCUGCCUCCUUUGCUCCAGCUAGCUGCCAGCCCAAUUUACAGUGUGAGAGUCAUGGCUUCUAAGUCUUUGGUUGCCAUGACGCCCCCAUCGGAGUACAUGAACAUCCUCGUCAAACUGGCAGCUCAACUUCCCGGGCCUGAGGAGUGCUGCUGUCACAACCGGCUCCACGGACAGCUGCUGCAGAUGAAAGCUGUUCUAGAGAGAGCUCUGCUCUCUGCAGACAGUGCUUCUCCUGCUCUGUCUGAGGUGCUUAGUAAAGUGGGCGAGUCACUGUGGCUGGUGACUGAAGCUCAACACUGCCCCCUAGUGAGAGCGGUCUACCUCGAAGUGGCAAACUUGCUCAGAAGAUUCUGCUGUGAGACCUAUCUGUCAAAGAUCAGUGACAUUCUCAUGCACGACCUUCAAACACCCCAAAGUGGGCUUCAGGUUGGACUGUCCUUCUUCCAUCAGCGAGCCAUCCGCUUUCUAUGUGCGGAUCUGAAGUGGGCGUCCCAAAUCUGGAACACCUUCCCUGCAGCGAGCCCUGAUCUGAAGCUCUCUCUGGUUACGUUGGUGGCGGAUGGGCAUGGUUUGCAGCAGACCAGUUUGAAAGAGGUGAUGCAGAGGGUGUUGCAGUCAAACCUGCGGGAGGCGUUGGUGAGUCACAGUGUGGAGUACCGCAGGACCUACCUCACUGCCCUGGUGGCAGUGAUGGCUACUGGAACAGAGUCUUCUUUACCUCAGCAUCGUCCUCAGUCGGACUCACCACAGGAGCCAGUUUUGUCCGAGUGUCUGGAUUUGUUGCUCGGGGACCUGGAGGAGCAGCGAGGUGGACCAGAGUUUCUAUCCCAGGCUCUGUGUGCUACUAGUCUGCUGCUGCCCCAGUGCUCAGGCUCCAGUCUACAGAUAUCCAUGCUCCACCGCUGGUGUGGCGUCUUGGAAUGUAACCGGUGCUCAGACGGCCCUGAGGUGCUCAGGAUGGCUUGUGCUGAAGCUCUGUGUGUGGCUGGAGUGUCCCUGAUGAGCCACAGCCUGAAAAAACACUGCAAUCUCAUGAUAAGGCUGAUCAACACAGGCCUUUACUUGCUGCAGGACCAAAGCCAGCAGGUGAGAUUAAAAGCAGCUUGUUUUACCUCCAUGCUGCACCAUGUGAGAAAAGGAGCGAGCCAGGGGAGCGUCUACGUUAUGCAGGUGAACCAGGCUGUGCCGCUCCUGCUGGAGCUGCUGCUGGAGGAAUGCUUCGAUGCUCCCGGCACACUGGAGGUGCUGCUGUGUCACCUGCCUCAGUCUGACCUCAGACGUGUGCUGACAGAGGCCUCAGAGACGGAGUGUUUCAGUUUGUAUGAGCAGGACCAGACCAACGUGUUUGCUGAACCCUCUGUGAUGUCAGCACAUGUGCUGCCUCACCUGCUGCAGAUGGCUGACAAACACUCUGAAUCCUCUGCUUUGGCACAGAGCCUGAGUGCAUGGGCAGAGCAGAGUGUUGAACAGGUGUCUGACAGCCUUGCAGUGUGCAAAGAGCUCCAGCCAGCGGAGAUAUUGACCCCAGCCUGGCUGUCUCUCCUCAUGGACCACUGUUUUCACAGCACCCUGUGUAGCCUGUUCACCAGGGCGACCUUCCUCCUCCGACUGUUGGAAACAUGUGAUGGUGCACGACGCCUGUGUGAUCCUUCGUCCCUGUGUACGAGUUUACAGCAAGUUUUGAGUCUGCUCGGUCAGAACGGUGUCCACUUUCCCUCGGCCCUAACAGCUGCUCUGGCUGGAGAGAGGCCACUGUGACAGAGGGGAGGAGCUUUUUUAAUGCACUUGAUGAGCAAAGUCUUUUGGCCGUCGUGGCCCUGGAUAGAAUUACUGUACCUCAUGACAGCUACAUGUGCAGCUUCAGUCUUGAAGAGGGCUGCAGUUGCUGAUGCUGCAGUACACUGGUACUUGGGAGGCUAACUGAGUUAUGUAAGAGCUCAGUGGCUGAAGCUACUUGUUUCCAUCAUCAUAUCAUCUACACAGAUAAAGAGAACCAAUGGGCGUACUGUUCCAUGUGCAUGAGGAGGACAGUGAAGUAAAACAGCUUUUCCUCAUAACCCCAGGAGGUCUAGUUUUUCUUCAGUGAACAUUUUCUGAAGCUUUACUAAUUUUUAGAAUAAAGCUUUUUAUAUAGAA